AUGGCCCCCGCUCGCUCUUCUCGGCCCGUUCGCCAGAGCCGAACCCAGGUUUCAUCAUAUCAUGAGGAGACCACUUCGGAUGAGUUGGACCAAGAUGUCUCCCGACGUGGCUCACUUUCUUUGCGCCCUCGGAAUACCCCUAAAAACCGCCGGUCAUAUCGCGAGAAGUCCACUGAUGAAAGUCUGGGGGAGCUGUCGGAUGAUGAUGAGUUGAACGAUGCAGCAACUGCCACUGGGCUUCCAGCUGCGGAACAGGUUCCUGGCGCUUCCCCGACUAUUCCCCAUGCCCUGAAGCGCACUCGACGUGCAGCAACCUCCCGGUCCACCCCAAACAAGAGACCGCGGCCAAAAUCGAGGGCAUUGGGUCAGCCGUUGAAAAAGCGAUCGAAAGCCCAGCCAGAAGAACCGUUCUUCUUGGGAUCUGGCGUGAUCCCUCCAUGGCAAACGCUGCCAUACCAUAUACUUAUUGAAAUUUUCCUCCUAGCUUUCUACCCCCUUGACGACCCUAAGAACCAGGCCGCCAAAAAGACUCCUGGCAAAACACCGGAGACGAAGUCAACCCACAAUCUACUCGGUAUCGCGGCUCUGUGCCGUGGAUUCUCGGAGGCAGCUCUUGCAGCUCUCUAUUACCGGCCUCCAGUAUUUUCCGCAUAUGACGGACAUGGUCUCCUGAACCUUCUUUCGAUGCCGCUGGACUCUCAAUUCAUAAACUACGCAGGGAAAAUCAGGGAGCUUUACAUCGACGCUGAAACAGUUCUUACUUUGAAAAGUGGCCCAACCCUCGGUUACUUUGAUCUGCUCCAAUUGCUACAAAAAACCCCCCGACUUCACACCCUACGCCUAUACCAUCCCGAGGAUGUUGUGUUGGGGCUACCACGAGUGGCUCUUACCCUGGCGAAGUGGAGCUACUCGCAACCCCUUUUUUCGACCAUUGACCAAAGCGGUAUCAAAAUUCGCAGUUGGGAGUGGAACGGGCGCUUUCUUGACACAGCAUCGUUGCUUCCUCUUAUGCUAGAAAAACAUACAGGUGCCUCGUUUCAAGGAGUCAAAGACAUCCGGCUAGUCCAUCUCCUUGAUCAUGACCGAGAGGACACUGCUGCCAAGGAAACUGCUCUUGCCACCACUCUCAAGGCAUUGCCCGAGAUAGAGCGUCUGGAGUUUUACGAGUGUAGCAUUUUGGCGGGUAGCAUUUUAGAGCAACUGCCACCAACGCUUCGCUCACUGACAAUCUCCAACUGCGAUCGACUGUUGGCCAGCAAUGUCACUGAACUCCUUAAAGUCCACGGAGGACAGCUUCUUGAUUUGACGUUAAACCACAAUCGCCACAUGAAUCUGGAGUUUAUGCCCCAUCUAGGCAUUUGUUGCCCUCGAUUGGAGAGAUUCAAGGUAGAUAUUUCGAUGUAUGACGUUUCAAGCUACCAUGACCUCGACCCCCAUUUUCAGCAGCUUAUCUUUCGGAAUCAACAUCCAACCUGGCCCGAAACUAUUCAAGAGAUUGAGCUGUAUCAGCUUCGACACUGGAAGUUGGAUCUGGCCGAGAUGUUCUUCAUGUCUCUUGUGGAAUCUGCACCCAAAUUGAAGGACUUGCGGCGAGUAGAUAUCAGUGCCAUUCUCCCGAUUGAAUGGCGGGACCGUGCUCAAUUUCGAAAGAAAUGGGAUGACCGCUUCAAGAGGGUAUUCUUGCGGCGUAGCCCUCCGCCAAACCCAGACUUUCGUUCUCUGCGAAAACGACCAUUGGCUCCUGUUCAACGUGCUCCCACUCCAGAAGCCUCGGCACGUCCAGGCACUGCGGACAGUGAAACGCUUACCCCCAAGCGGCACAGUAGCCGCAUAGCACAGCAAAAGAUCCCUGAAGAUACCGACUUAGACGAGGUUAAGUCCUCUCAUUCUGACACUGACACCCAAUCUGCCGAUAAAGAUGAUGUCCAGGGAAUGUGCGAACAUUUCACGAUUCGCAUUGACAAUCAACGACCUAAUGAAAACCAAUACAACGAGAAAGAUUUCCUCGAUCCUGAAAUCAGCGGCGAUGAGGACUGGGACUCCGGUGCUGAUUUCGAAUCCGAAGAUGGUCAUGCGUGGUGA